AUUUACGCUGGGCGUUAUCAGUUGAGCUGCGCUCACAUAAUUAUCUGCUUUGGACAUGUCCGUCUACAACCACAACAACUUCAAUGACCUGCGCCCCUUCGGUGACGAUGGUUCCGGUCCAGCUUACAACGACAAUCCUUCUGAGGAGUUCGACUUUAACAAUUACUACCCAGCCGCUGGCGGCUCCAACGCGCUUCCUUCCUCGCGUCAGGACAAUGGUACUGCUGGUCAGUAUCCCGACGGAGACUCAAAUCGAUUCUCUCCUCGCGAUCACGACAAUCUUGACCUCUACCGAGAUGAUUCACUCCAAUCUCCCGAGGCUGGUCCCAGCAACGUUUGCUCCUCAUCAGCUCAACCCUGCCAAAGCAGUCCUCGCGGCGACCCCUCCACCGUGCCAAGCAGCCCGACCAGCCCCAGGCAGGAGCUCAGCGCGCGCGCCCGUCGUGUCUACGACAAGUUGCCGGAGCACAGGAAAGAGACUGUCGGCUGGCACCCUCAGCUCAAUCGCAUGCUUUCAGACCACCCUCACUUCAUCCCUACUUUCAACUUCGACUCCGCCAUGAGCAUGACCGCGAGGGACGUGGUGAAUCCCGUUGCUGGCGAGUUUCCUGCUGCAGUCGUCAUGGAUGACGAACUUGCAGAGCUUCGACUUUACUAUGAGCAGUGGGUUGAUUUCAACACCCUCACUGUCGAGCAGCUAGCUGGUCUCGGGCACGGCUUUCUCGACCAGCUCGCGGCGGAACCAAAGAUCGUCAACCUCCUUGAGCAGUACCGCUACGAGCCUCUUGUCGCUGGCGAGACCAUCGAGCAAAUUCUCCCAAACGUGGGCAAGUCGCUCAACGAGGCCCCCGGCUUGCUCGAUUACUACCAGAUUCCUCUCCGCAAGGGCGAAGACGAAGGCGAGUCCGACGAAGAGGACGCCGAGAUGGGCGACGAAGAAGAAGGAGAAGACGCCGAGGACUCCAAGGACAAAGGCAAGAAGAGCGAGCGCAAGUACCUCCCGCGCCGCGUCCAAUACCGCCCCUACCGCUACAUGUUCAAGUCCUCCGCCGAAGCGCGCGCGCACCGCACCAAAGUGCGGCACCCGGCCAAAAUCGCAAAGGACAUCGAGCGCGUCGAGCAAUACGGACGGUACUACUGGACACGCCGGAUCUACGAGUCCAUAAUCAACGUCGACCUGAUCUUCGACAACAAAACCUCCGUCAUCGCGACCAACUUCAGCAAACUGCACCACUUCGACGAAGACGACCUGGAAGCGACCGCGCACCACAUCUUCGACGAGUGCAUCACCGUCCACCGCAAGGGCUGGGUCGGGCACGACUACAACCGGCACGACUACAAGCGCGGCAAGUGCAAGGACGUGUUCGCCGACAGCGUCGAGGGCCGCCUCGAGCGCAUCUGCGGCAUCCUCAAGCACAGCAAGGCCAUCGCCAACGACUGCAUCGUCGGCGGCAACGACCUGCUCAUGCAGACCGUGGACAACCCCAUCCACCGCGCGUCGACCAAGACGGCCAACAACAAGGGCAACAUGGAGCGCGCGGAGCGCCUGAGGAAGCAGGAGACGGAUCGCCAGCGGGAGAAGAGGCUUGCGCGGGAGGCGGCGCAGGCCCAGAAGAAGGAACAGAAGCGCAUCGAGAAGGAGAAGAAGGAGGCGGAGAAGCAGGCGGAGAAGGACCGCAAGGCUGCGGAGCGGAAGGCGGAGCAGGAGAGGAAGGCGACGCAGCGGGAGGCGGAGAGGCAGAGGAAGGCGGCCGAGCGGGAGCACGAGAAGCAGCGAAAGGCCGCUGAGAGGGCGCAAGCUGCUGCUGAUCGCAGGAGGCGUUAGGUGGGAGCUUGGUUGGAGAUGGGGUGGCCAUGUUGAGAUUGGUCCGCUUGAGGGAGAGCAGUUUUGCACUCGUUGGUCGGUCGCCAUCGUUUGACGGCAAUGAGCUUGUCCCUGGUGGAUACGUAUCUCAGUCAUCACAGGUGCUUCAUGAGGUGCUUCUGGCAUUACUACUUCGUCGAGAGCAGAGUAAGAAUCAAAAUAUCAAAACCCAGUCU